AUGGACAAAGACGAAAACCAAGUCCUUGCAGACUAUCACCUCUCUACCCCCAUAACUUCCACCUCGGGCCUUCGACAAGGCCUAACCUCCUAUGGAGACGCACACUUCUCCCUUUUUCUCCGCAAGGUCUUCGUCAAAGCCCUAGGCUACUCUGAAGACGCGCUCUCAAGGCCCAUCAUCGGAAUCAUCAACACCUACUCCGGAUUCAACCCAUGCCACGGCAAUGUGCCGCAACUUAUCGAAGCCGCGAAGCGCGGGAUCCAGUUAAAUGGCGGUCUUGCGGUUGAGUUCCCUACAAUCAGUGUACACGAGUCGUUUUCGCAUCCGACGAGCAUGUUUCUGAGAAAUCUGAUGAGCAUGGAUACGGAGGAGAUGAUAAGGGCUCAGCCAUUGGAUGCUUGUGUUAUGAUCGGCGGAUGUGACAAGACUGUUCCUGCACAACUGAUGGGCGGCAUAUCUGCAAACAAGCCUAUUCUUCCCCUAAUUACUGGGCCGAUGAUGCCUGGGAGUCAUCGCGGGCAGAGGAUAGGUGCUUGUACAGACUGCCGGAACAACUGGGCUGCUUUCCGUGCUGGCGAACUAGACAUUGAAGAAAUCUCAACCAUCAAUGAAGAGCUUGCCCCGACGAUUGGAACAUGCGGCGUUAUGGGAACGGCAAGCACAAUGGCGUGCAUCACCGCUGCUCUUGGUAUGAUGCCACUACGCGGAGCAUCUGCACCAGCGGUGUCGUCUGCAAGAGCUCGAGUUGCUGAAGAGACAGGUGCGAAUGCAGUAAGGGCAGCAAACAGCAAGUGGAAACCACAGGAUAUCCUAUCGAAGGAGUCUUUUCUGAACGCCAUCACCGUUCUACAAGCAAUCGGCGGAUCAACAAAUGCAGUAGUGCACCUUAUGGCUAUUGCGAAUCGACAUCCAAAGGUACAGGGUGUGAUAACCUUACAGACGUUUGAAGAGGUUGGAUGCAAGACACCGCUACUGGUAGACCUCAAGCCCAGUGGCGAUAACUACAUGACUGAUUUCCAUAACGCCGGGGGCAUGUUAGCGCUCUUACAUACUCUUCGACCCCUCCUCCAUCUCUCAGCCAUGACAAUUACCGGCCAAACGAUAGGCGAGCUCCUGGAUGCAUCGCCAUUCAGAGGUUUCUCCCUAUCCCAGAAAAUCAUCAGACCACUCUCAGACCCUCUCUACCCUUCAUCAUCGCUGAUAGUGCUGCAAGGAAAUAUAGCGCCCAAUGGCGCGGUCAUGAAAGCCUCCGCCUCCAAAGACCGCAGACUUCUUACGCACACCGGGCCUGCAGUUGUCUUUGAGAAUUCCGCCGACCUCGCCAGACGCAUUGAUGACCCGGAUCUCGAUGUCACGGCAGACUCAAUCCUUGUUCUCAAGAAUAUAGGACCGAUCGGGAACCCCGGGAUGCCAGAGGCAGGACUCCUACCUAUCCCACGUAAACUAGCUGCCGCAGGCGUAAAGGACAUGCUUCGAAUCUCAGACGGCCGUAUGUCCGGCACAGCCGGAGGGACGAUCAUCCUUCAUGUAUCGCCGGAGUCGGCUGUGCCCGAGUCACCGUUUGGUAUUGUACAGACAGGCGACCUUAUUACUUGUGACAUUGAGAGCAGGGGACUGCACCUGGAGAUAUCAGGGGAAGAACUAAAGUCGCGAAUUGGGGCUCGGAAAGCAGCGGCUGCUGUAAAGCCGAGGCAGAGGGGGUAUCGGGGGUUGUAUGAGCGGUCGGUCAAUCAGGCGCAGGAUGGUGCCGACUUUGAUUUUCUCACGGCAAACGGGGGAUCUAGGGAUUAG